AUGCCAAGAAAAGAUACCCGUUCUGUGGUGAGUGACGACCCCGUGACGUUAUUCUCCGGCAUCGGCACGGUGUACAUUCGCAAGCCGGCGCAUUACGUUCCGCUGACCGAUGGAGACGCCAUGGACACGUUCACCAUCACGAUUGAGGCCAGAGAAACGCUGGAGCCGCUGGAGCGGUACUGCAUUGUUGUGCUGGAGGAGGGAGAUGAGGCACUGAGGCAGCCCAUCGGAAAUGGUAUGGUGAUUUCUUACAGUGCUGAGGAGGGAUCCGUGCACUGGCCAUCCAUUGUUGCAGGCAAGGUGGAGAUGUUGGCGUUUAAAUUCAGAGGCCGCGAUGCGCGGGUGACGGCGGAGGCCCAGAUGACGCGCUUUGUUGAGGUGUACAACCGCUGCACUUACGCUAUAAUGACCGACACAGAGGUGGAGAAGUUAGACUUGGACGACCCGUUCUUUGACUACGUUGGCGGUAUUGCCACGACGCAACUUCCGGCGGAGGACUACGAGGAACCCAUGUUUGAGCUCGAUGUGGCGCACGAGAAUGCCGCGGAGACGGGUACUGGAACAGUGUGCUACAGCGAGUCGAUGCGGUUUAACCGUGCGGUGGUGGUGCGGGAGACAAAGAAUGCGCUGGAGCUGCAGGCACAUGCUUUCAAUUCUAGAGGUUUCACUGUUGGUGACUCUCAAACUAUAAAGCUGGGUGGUGUGCAGUCAUGCGACUCUGCCCUUCUGGACGACACGGAAAAGAAGCUUCUGCUUCUUAGCGUGGAUGAUAACCGGCUGUGUGAGGUGGAUAUGGAGUACGGCAAGGUUGUGCAGGAGUACAAGCCACCAAAGAAAGUUAUUUCGGUGGCCCACGGUGCCCACGUCGCCGGUCCGACGCCAGUGUACACAUGCCUCGCUGAGAAGGUUGCUUUCAACAUGGACCUGCGUAUGGACCAGCGAAGCAACAUCGUCGUGGAGCCGGACUGCACGGUGGACACAUACGUGCUGGGGUCGUUGAGGAAACCCUUCACGUGCCACGCGACGUCGGCGUCUGGCCACCUCGUCAUUGGCGAUGGCGCAGGGAAUAUACGACUCUACACAGGACCGCCGGGAAGCCGUCGGGCAGACGGUAAGUACAACCCCAAGACUGCCAAGACGCUGCUGGAGACGAAGGUUCCGGUGAUUGCUGUUGAUGUGACAGCGGAUGGGAUGUACGUUUUGGCUGUGUGUGCCAAGUACCUGCUGUUCAUGCCGACGGCGUUCCUCGACAAGGGCAAUGAAUCGAAUGGUUUCGUGGCGCGGAUGGGACGACAGAAGCCGAAACCACUAAAGCUGCAGCCAACACCGGCACAGCUCCGUGCGUUGGGAGGCAUUGACAAGUUGAACUACACCUCCGGUGGGUUUGAUCGCUACAACGGCGGGGG